AUGGACGCGAUCGAACAAUCUUCACCGAAUGCGCUGGCGCAUUUGACACAGGUCCCAAUCGCCCAGCUUUCUCCAGACCUUGCGCAACCGAGCCAAAAGUUUAUUGUCGCAGUUGUAACACUUAUCUGGCCAUACUCAUCCUCAAAUAAGUCUCUGAGCCUUUUGUUGGCAGAGCCGGACGCCCGCCUACGACGGCCGAAUGGACAAGUGAAGGCCACAUUUCAUGGACGCGUCGCGCAGAAGAUCGCAGAGUCGCAUGUCGGAAUAAGGGAUAUCGUUCAUCUUUCCUUGGCAAAUUCCAAGUUUGUUAGCAAUGAAGCUGCCAAGCAAACACCGGGGAGGUCUAUCGCGUGGGGUGCACACUUUGAAGAUGCUGUGUCUCUCGAGGUUCACCGAUCCUCCGAUCCUCCGUUAACAAUCAGCGUUGAGCUACAGCCGACGGUGCCAGAUCAUGUCCAACUCGCACCUCCGUUAACCCCCGUUCGCCAAACAGCCAAGCAUGGAUUGGAUACAGCACCUGGUUCAGGCUCUUGGGGAUCACCAGCAUUCAUGCGGUCCGCUCGCAACUCCUUUGGAGGGGUUAUCGAUACCUCGCGUGACCCUUUUGCGGAAGACGAUGGCUUUGUGCCCGGGAAAGGAAGGAAACGUCCGCGGUACAGCUUGCAAAGGGAGGAUUGGCGUCUGAUCGAUGAGCCGGAGAGCUCCGUCGAACAAGAACUUCCCGUGGAUUGGUGGGAACAGACCUUGGAAAAAGAACUUGACGCGGAGGAUGCGGAGGGUCAAUCUUCGGACGAACCGAUGGCAGAUGCUGCUGCUACUCAAGCCAACCUCGAGAAUGCACCACCAGAGCCCCUGUCAGUGUUUGCGAAGCCUUCCCUUGAACUUACGGGUAGCAUCAUUGAGAGACGUGCGGGCGAGUUAAGCAACAAUACAUCUCAUGAAUCAGCCGAUAUCCCCGGGCAAGGACCUCCGUCUUUUCAUCUUCCAACCGAUACACCACAGAUCCGACCUAUUCCCUCUCCUGGACUUCCAAUCCCCUCGCCACUGGUGUCACAUCACGCUAAUUCUAGUGGAUAUUUCACAUCAUGGUCCGCGUCUGCGCAAACCGAAGCGAUUCGUUCUGUUGCUGCGGAAACAACCACCAUCACAUCACACUCUGAAUCCUCUGUUGAGACCCACGAGACCCACGAGACCCAUGUCACCGAAUCUCUUGAACCACUUGCAAUGGGAUCGGUCCAGUCAAAUGUUGCAUCCCUCCAGGAGGAACCCGUUCUUGAUGCCGAGUCUCUUCUCCAGGACAUUGCGCCACGGUCUACAAGAUUAGAAGAUCUACCAGAUGAACCAGAAGUUGGGAUGACCGAUCACCGGCCAACCGUCGAUGAACCAAUUAUUGUUCAGGCUGAUGUUGAAAUUGGAAAUGCCGACGAAGUUGAACAGUCAAAUGAAGAACAGCCCCCCAAAAUUCUGUCCGUAGAAGUUCGUGACCAUCAACGGGAGGAUGGAGACCUCCGCGACGAUGUGCGGUCCGUUCAGCCUGAAGGCGAAGUUGAUAAUGAGGAAGAGCCCUUAUCAGAUUCCGAAGUGGAGAUUCAGUCAGCUGGCCAACAACAUCCGACAUCCGCCGCGGAUGCGGAUACAAUCCAUGAAAACAAACUCAAUGCGAAGACCCCCGAAGACCGCGGAAGUGGAGAUGAAGUUGAUGGGUCAUCUCCAGCUUCAAACGUUCUUCCUCGCUCGCGCAGUCAAAGCUACAUCGAAGAAGACGAUGAAAUGGCUGAAGGAGAAGAACAGUACGAAGAACAAUCUGACGAUUAUGACUCACAAUAUGACUACGAUGAUGAGGAGGACCACCAUGUACCCCGUUUGGGCACACGACCGGAACAAGAAGAAUUUAGCGAUGAGGAAUCUAACGUCGACAAUUCUAGCGAGGAUGAAUCAGAACAAGAACGGAGCUUCCCCUCCCGCCCGAAGACCCAAGAGGUAAUCGUGCUGGACAGUGACAGCGAGGAUGAACCUGCUCCUGGUCACCCACCGGUGUCCACUUAUCAACUCCAUGAGCAAGACGAGCGUUCAGAAAGCCCCGAAUCUGGCCAGUCCGCACCACUGUAUGCCGAUAGAGCGCAGAGCGCGGAGGAAUCGUACGGCAGCGAUCAAAGCGAAGAAAGCGAAGAAAAGAACGACUAUGAAUCCGAUGACAAAGAUGGUAGAGUGCAUGACAGCGACAAGGCUGAUGAAUCACCAUUUGAUGGAUUUUCGCGAGACGAAGAUGCCCCGGAACAUCACCAGGAAGUGGCAUCAGUCAACGCGGAACAGUAUGCCGAUGCUCCGCUGGCAGAGUUUGAGAACGAAGAGCCAGACGAUCAAGACUCUGAUUUGAUAGCUAGCCUCGAGUCACAGCUUGAAGCAGCUUCAAAUCAAGGCUCUGACAAAGAACAGCCUUUUGAUGAUUAUCAAAGCGUACCCGAAGUGCCUGAAGCUAUGGACCAGGUACCAGCAGAAAAUAAUGAGAAUAUGGCUGAUCCUGUCCUACACUCUGACGCCGAAAAGAUAGAUACCUUCCUCAAUGUGGACGGGCCGUCUGAUUCGCACGUUUCUCCAUCCUUUGAGGAUGCAGCCGACUUUGUGUCGGCGCACGAACAAGCCAUUGAAACCACUGAGUUUACCAAUCUUGACCCUCAAAUCGAGCCUGCAGCAUCAGGGAUUAUCACUUCUCUAUCCGAGCAACAACUCCCGACCACGGAUCCUACUCAAGAAUCUGCGUUGCCUAAUCAGAGUCGUGUUGAACCUAAGACACCCACGGCUGGUGAACGAGAUGAAGCUGUGGGCCUUGACGUAUAUCUCCCGCAUAUGCGUGCUGCUGGUUCGCUUCCGCCAGAAAUGGAUGAUGUUCCUGAGCCAGACAACGUACACCACGCCCAGGAAAGUCAGUAUGGUCUCGACGGUGCAACAGAUUACCCAAGCAAACGCCGAUCCUUGGAGGUUGUCAUCGACACUGAAGUCGCAGAAACACCGGAAGUGCUCGUGACAGCGCCGCAGCCUACAAUUCCCGAUCGAAGUGCCUCCGGAUUACGCAGCAAGCAUUCCUAUUUCGCUCCCCUCGCCACGCUCAUUGAUCACUACAAUGCUCUGGUAGACACCAUCUCAAUUGUCCACGAAGUCUCCCCAGUCGUCAAAGCCAAAACAGGCACAAAGGAUUGGUUCAUGACCAUCCAGUUGACAGACCCCUCCAUGGCCGGCACCACUCUCCACGCCCAGAUUUUCCGACGCUACAAAUCAACCUUCCCAUCAUUAGUCGAAGGCAACGCCGUUUUGCUCCGUGACUUCAAAGUCCGAAGCUUCAACCACACCGUGAUGAUCGUCAGUGCGGAAACCAGCGCCUGGGCCGUCUUCGACGGCUCACGCCCAGACGCCCAGAUAAAUGGACCUCCUGUCGAAUAUGACUCAGAGGAAAGUGAAUACGGGGCACACUUGCGUCGGUGGUAUACCGAAAUCGGCUCGGCUCGCGUUGCGGAUCAUCAACUUCAAGCUUCGAUCGAGAGGGAAAGCAUGGAUCGUGAAAUGUCGGUUACUUCUCAACCGCUCAGUGAGUCGGGAAGCCCGGAUUCUACCCGGAGUUCGCGACGCUCUCGUAGACGACGCAGUGGACGUGUCACUAUUCAUUCGCUGAGGGAUGGUACUCGCUACAUUGAGGUUGGGUCUCCGAAUAGCAGAGGGACGGAUAGCAUUCACGAGUUGCGAGAUGGUACUGUGUACUCCAACCCAUGA